AUGUCCAGUGCUUCCUCAUACCCUGCACUCAAGGAGAGACCCAUCAAGGAGGCCCUUGUCCUAUUUGAUGUCGAUGGCACCUUGACGCCCGCGAGGCAACACGUCUCUGGAGAGAUGAUUGCCAUGCUGCAUGCACUGCGCCAGCAAGUCGCUAUUGGCUUUGUCGGUGGCUCUGACCUGCCGAAACAGCAGGAGCAACUUGCAUCAGGCGACGUGAAGGUGACGGAUCUAUUCGACUAUGCAUUCGCUGAAAACGGAUUGACUGCCUACCGGCAAGGUCAGCAAAUGGCUUCUCAGUCCUUCAUCUCUUGGAUUGGCGAGGCCAAGUACAAGCAGCUGGUCAAGUUUAUCCUGCACUACAUCGCUGAUCUCGAGCUGCCCGUGAUGCGCGGUACAUUCAUUGAAUUUCGCAAUGGUAUGAUCAACGUUUCGCCUAUUGGAAGGAAUGCAUCCAUCCAGGAGAGGCAUGACUUUGAGGCAUACGACAAGGAGCACCAUAUUCGGCGCGAUAUGGUGGCUGCAUUGAAGAAGCAAUUCUCUGACUUGUCAGUGACCUACUCGAUCGGCGGUCAAAUCUCCUUUGAUGUCUUCCCCACAGGCUGGGAUAAGACAUACUGUCUGCAGCAUGUUGAGAAGGAUGGGUGGAAGGAGAUUCACUUCUUUGGUGACAAGACGUAUGAGGGAGGGAAUGACUAUGAGAUUUACAACGACAAACGGGUCAUUGGCCAUUCUGUGACGAAGCCCGAGGAUACGAUGGAGAUCCUGAAGGAACUCUUCUUGAAAUAG